AUGUCUCCAAAAUCUAGUACUUCCAUUGAUCAAAAUUCAAUACAAAAAUAUCAAUCUCCCUUGAUUAGUCAUAAAUAACAACCUUUUGGUAGACUAAAUUAAAAUAAUACUAAUAAUAACCUAAAUAAUUCUUCUUCCUUAAGUAUUAAAUCUCCUAAUAUAUCUAAAACCAGAGUUGAUUCUAAAAAGUAAUAAAAUAUCUUUGAUGAUAUAAAAAAGAAAAUUAUCUAUGAAUAAACUAGUCCUUUAAGAGAUGCUACAAAUAAUCAUAAAAGAAAUCAAGCUAGCUUGACUAAUUUAAUAAAAAGUUCAAAUACUAAACUCAAUACCAUAAAAAGUCCAUAGCCAAAAAAAAUAUAACUUAGUAAAUACUGUUCUAAAUCUAAAAACUUUGAUGAAAAUGGAACUGUUAAAUUAUUAGAUUAGUUUAAAUCAAUGCCAUCAUUCACAAUUGAAGAUUAGAAGCCAACAUAUGAGGAAGAACAUAAAUUAAAUAUAAAAACAGAUAGAGUCAAAGGGUUUAAAAAAGAUCCUUAAUAGUCAUAAGAUCUUGACAAGAUUUUAAAAAUGUAUCUCAGCAUGUGUAGCAGCAGAUCCUGA